AUGCAAUUUUUGAAGAAAGAAGUAGAAUUUGAGGAUCAGAGAGCUCUUGUCCAGUCUGGAUUCUCUACUCUACACGUUAAUAAGAAAAAGAAGGAUUGCCACAACAAGCUCUCCAACCAAGAAGAUAUUCCGACUGGGGCUGGCCUAUUUGUAGGUCAAGGUGCAUCGUGUGUAUUCUGCGGAAAAAGUAAUCAUCGGAGCACCGAGUGCUAUCGAGCAGAGAAGAAUCUGUCUUGGAGUGAAAAGAGUGACAUUUUGAAGAAAAAUAGAUUGUGCUUCAGGUGCAUGCUUGGUGGACAUCGAUCAAAGGAUUGCAAAGUAAAAUUAAAGUGUAAUUUUUGUGAAGAAUCUCAUGUUAGAUCGAUGUGUCCCACUCUACCAAUUAAUCAAAAGAAAAUUGAACGGAGAAAUGAAGUGUGCCAUCCAAACCAGAAUCAAGCCACGGUUCCAGUCACCAGCGCCCAAAAUGCCAAUCAUACGUGUCGUACAGAUGUUUUAAUGAAAACUUUGGUAGUUCGAGUGCUUGGGCCGAAGGGGUCAAAAGUUGUUCGCCUCAUAUUUGAUGAAGGGAGCCAGCAGUCGACCGGAGGUCAAGCCAUAAUCAAGAAAGUGGGCAGUGAGCUAGUUGGCGAAGAGUGGGCCAGGAACGUUCUGUUUGGUGGAACCUUAACAGCUCCAAGAAAAGUCAAAAGUUUCAAUGUCAAGGUGCAAAGUCUAGAUGGAAAGCACACACGUGAAAUUCUUAUGAGAGAAGCCCCAACUAUUUGUGGUGAUAUUGCCAGGAUUCCUGUCGGCCCAUGGAUGAAGGAGCUGAAAAGGAGGAAGAUAUGGCUCACAGAUUUUGAAAAUACUAUAGUCGACAGUCAAGACGUUGAAAUUUUAAUCGGAAGUGAUUACUGGGGACAAUUAGUUGUUGGAAAGCCAGUAUUAUUAGAAUGUGGGCUUGUCGCGGUGGAUACCAUUUUUGGCUGGACACUCAGUGGUCCUAUUUAUGGGGACAAGAAAAGUACAACAGCAAUGAUGGGAAUCUCUCAAGUAAUUACAGAGUCCAGUGUCCAGGAUUUAUGGAAUCUCGAGACAAUAGGAAUUACUGAUCCGUCUGAAAGUAAAUCAAGAGAAGAAUGUGAGGAAGCAGCGAGACAGCACUUCCUAAGAACUGUUUCAAAAAGUGAAAAUGGAAGGUACACAGUAACAGUUCCAUGGCUGGAUGGAGCGCCUGAAAUUCCGGGCAACAAAUCGGUCGCGGAAAAACGUCUCGUCUCCACCACCAACAAAUUAAGGAGUCAAGGUCAACUUGAAAAUUAUGACAAGAUCUUUUCUGAGUGGGAGAAAGAGGGUUUCAUUGACGAAGUGAAAGUGGAUUCAGAUUCACCAUGCCACUACCUUCCCCAUCGAGCGGUGAUCAAGCCUGAAAGUCAGACAACACCAGUAAGACCCGUUUUCGAUGCUUCAUGUAAAGUUGGAAGGAGCCCUUCGCUUAACGACUGUCUUGAAAAAGGCCCCAACUUAUUGGAAUUAAUCCCUGCAAUUUUACUAAGAUUCAGGAAGAAGAAAAUAGGAGUUAUUUCCGACGUGCGAAAAGCAUUCCAGAUGAUCCAAGUUGCAGAAAAGGAUCAAGAUUAUCAGCCGUUUCUGUGGUGGAAAAAUAUGGAAACAAAAGAAAUCAAAAUUUUGCGACAUAAAAGAGUGGUGUUCGGAGUCAAUUGCAGUCCGUUCUUGUUAGGUGCAGUUAUUGAGUUUCACUUGAAGUCAGUAAGUGAAGAUUUACGUCUCAUAGCGCUACAACUCCUUCACUCACUCUACGUCGACAACUCUGUGACAUCGGUGGAUUCACACCAAGAACGUGAAGAUUUUGAAAAGGCCUGUGUGAUGAUGAUGGCGGAAGCAGGAAUGGAACUCCGACAAUGGGAGCAUUCAUCUGUCAUAAAAAGAGGUCGCCAGGAUUUUACUACAGUACUUGGUCUUACGUGGGAUAAGGAAGCAGACGAGCUGUUUGUCGAAAUCCCAAAAAACGAGCCAACCGGGAAGAUGACGAAGAGACUCAUCCUCUCUCAAAUUCAGAAGAUUUUUGACCCAUUGGGGUUUGUUUGUCCAGCAACGUUGAUUCCGAAGAGGUUGCUCCAGAAGACUUGGCAAGAUAAGAAAUCUUGGGACGAAGAACUUGAAGAUUCCGUCAAGAAAGAAUUUAUUGACUGGUGGAAAGAAGUGUCAGUUUUAGAGAAGAUUGGAAUACCAAGAUGGGCUUUCAAUUCAGAGAAUGCCAAUAAUGUCCAGCUUCAUGUUUUCAGCGAUGCCAGCAAGUUAGCCUAUGCUGCUGUAAUUUUUGCGAGAAUUGAAGGAGAACAUGGUGUUUCUAUUCAACUUUUACAAGCAAAAGCAAGAAUAGCCCCCUUGAAGCCGGUAACAAUUCCACGACUUGAGUUAUUAGGCUGCAGCAUCGCGGCGAGACUGGUGACAAGUGUUAUCAAGGCGUUGUCAAUAGAGGGGUUACGAAUCGUAUGCUGGAGCGACUCGACUACAGCCCUCGCAUGGAUAAAGAGAAACGAUCAGUGGGGAACAUUUGUGGGGAACCGUGUGAAAGAGAUUUGUUCCUUAACAAAAGCCGAGGAAUGGAGACAUGUCCCCGGGUUGAUUAAUCCGGCAGACCUGCCAUCACGAGGAUGUACUCCGAGCCAACUGUUAAGUUCCAAGUGGUGGGAAGGUCCAGGCUGGUUAAAAGGGCCAGAAGAAGAGUGGCCGUUGCAGGAAGCAAGUCCCGAUGAAGAAGAAAUUUUAGCGGAGAAGAAAAAGGCAGCAAAGAUUGUGCUGGUUACGACCGUCUCCUCCUUGCCGUGGUACAUGGAGGCGUCGCCUUCAUUUCAUAAGAACGUCCGAGUAUUGGCAUAUAUUAUGAGAGCCAUAAGGAAUCGCUUCAAGAAAAAUGCAGCAGUGGGUUUGCAGGAAUGGGAAUUGUCGGAAGCUGAAAAGUUUAUUUUUAUGGAAGAACAGAAAGUGUUUGAAUCCAGUGUCGUUGAUGGUCUCCAAGUUGAACAAGAUCACGAUGGACUAUUGCGAGUGAAAACGAAGAUUCUGAAUUUACCCGAUACUGAUGCCUUCCGGAAACCUGUCCUCCUCCCGAAGAAUAGUCUGGUUGUUGAUCAGUUGAUCCGAACAGAGCAUCUCCGCAACAAGCACGCCGGUCUGCAGAUCAUGAUGAGCAAACUACGAGAGAAAGUCUGGAUACCACAGUCUCGUCAAGCAAUAAAGAAAGUUCUGAGCCGCUGCACUGUGUGUAGGAGAUUUACAUCAAAGAAAUGUGAAGUUCCGUGUGCUCCACUACCCGAGGCCAGGGUCAAGUUAGCCAGGGUGUUUCAAGUCAUAGGAAUCGACCUUGCUGGACCACUAUUUCUGAAAACUGGAGAGAAGGUGUGGAUGGUUUUGUACACUUGUGCUGUAUACCGAGCAGUGCAUUUGGAAAUAGUAACCCGGUUGACGGCUGAAGAAUUCUUAUUGAGUCUCCAUCGAUUUAUAAGCAGGAGAGGACGACCAAGUAUUAUUUAUACCGACAAUGGGACUAAUUUUGAAGGUGCAUCAAAUGCGAUUAAUUUGUUGGACUGGGAGAGGAUCCAGCAAGAAACAAAGGUCACUCGAAUCGAAUGGAAGUUUAUUGUUCCUUCCUCUCCUUGGUGGGGAGGGUUCUGGGAAAGGCUCAUCCGGUCCUGCAAAGAUUUAUUGAAGAGGAUGUUGGGUCCGAGGAAGCUUCAUUUGAAAGAGUUGGAGACAUGUAUGUUCGAAGUGGAGGCGGUGAUAAACAGCCGACCUCUUACUUAUAUUUCUGAAGAUAAAGACGACUUGGUGCCCCUGACCCCUGCCAUGUUUCUACAGGACAACCUAGAAGUGGAAUUCCCUGAAGAAAUGGCUCUGAAUUUAAAUUUGCAUAACAUGAUAAGCAGAAUGGUUAAGUUGAUGGGCCGGCGGUUUGUAAUUUGGGUUGGAGGUGCUCCUUAUCUCCUGAUUUUAGAUGCGGACGGAGCGCAGAAAAUCCUAUCUUCCACAAAACAUAUAGAGAAAGGCCAAGAAUAUGAAAAAUAUGCAGGCCACAUUUGGAAAGAAGAUAGAAAAAUGCUCAGUCCAUCCUUUAAAUAUCAAAGUUUUGACGGAUUUCUGGCGAAUUUUAAUCAUCACAGUAGAAUUCUAACUCAACUUUUAGCAAGGGAUCAAAAGGGAAACGGAAUGGGGAAGAGUGUGAAUAAAUAUUUGUAUGGAGCUACUAUGGAUUUCAUAACGGAAGCAGCGUUUGGCCAGCAAUCCAACUACCAGGUGGAUGUUGAUAUCGGAUUUUUUGAACAUGUACAAAUGGCAUUUGAUUCCUUCCGUGUCCGUGUGAUUCGACCAUGGCUAAAUUUUCCAAUAAUUUGGGACAUCUUUGGAUUAGGGAAGCAAGACAAAAUUAUAGUAAAAUACUUUGACGAAUUCUCAUCCCAGUUGAUUGCCAAAAGAAGGGCAAUCUUACAAGAAUCAGAACAAGAAAUCGAGGCAAUGGGCAAAACGCGACCGUUUGUUGAUGCACUCAUUCACACGAAAUCUAACAAGGAUAUAACGGCCCACCUUCUUACAGUUUUUGGAGCUGGUUUUGAAACAACCGCAAACGGAAUGAACUUCACGCUUUUUCUACUCGCGCAAAAUCCGGUAUGUCAAAGAAAAGUUCAUGAGGAGUUGGAUGCCAUCUUUGGGAACGAAAGUGGAGAAAGGGACGUUUCUUUCGCUGAUUUAGCGGAGCUGACAUAUCUAGAAAUGUGCAUCAAGGAAAGUCUUCGAAUCUUCCCGCCUGCACCCGUAAUGAUGCGCGAUGCUAAUAUUUUGAAAAUGUUUUUACUUGGAAAAGACAACGGGCAAGUGGUUCCAAAAGGGUGUGGGAUGGUAUUUAUAAUCCCAGAGCAUCAUCGGGAUCCGAAAUAUUUUCCAAAUCCGGAUAAGUUUGAUCCGGAUCGAUUUCUGCCAGAAGAAUGUGUGAAUAGACAUCCGUACGCGUAUAUUCCGUUUUCUGCUGGACCACGAAAUUGUAUAGGAAUGAAAUACGCCAAGAUUCAAAUGAAGACAUGCCUAGCGCAUAUUUUAAGGAAGUUCAAAGUGACGACCCAGCAGAAAUAUACGAAUAGAAAAAUUGUAUAUGGAAUAGUGUUGGAGACGAAGCCGAGUAUUGAAAUAACACUGGUACCAAGGGAAUAAUUAG